UGCGUCUUUACUGAAAAUUUUCUUCGCACUGCCAGGGUUGCAAAUGAUGAACUGUAUGAAAUUAACUACAUGCAUGUAAAAUCCCCUCUUCAUCGUAUUUAGGAAUACAUGUAAUUAAAGAAAUAUCAAGACGUGUUUACCUGACAUUUGUUUAUUUCAUAACUUUAUCUACAAGUGCUGAUAAGAACAGGGAUUUAUGACUGGGGAUCGGAUAUUGAUAAUAACUUUGCACUGGUCUUAAAAUAUUUGUAAAUAAACUAGGUAUAAAUCUAUCGAUCAACGAUUUAAAUAUGAUUCUGUCGUAAACUGAGUUGAGAGAAAUUGAGAGAUCUGAUUGGUAGUCUGCUCCACUGAUCUGUCUACCAGUAUAGUUAAUAUGUAGUAUAAACGCAUGGAAGAGUCUUAUCUGACUGGUUUCUUACCUAAAGCGGAAUAAUUUUUAUUCGUUUAAAUGUUUUCUGGGAAUGGAAUUUUAUUUAAACGAAAGCAAGUUUCCGCACUGGUGCUUAUAAUGCAACGCGCUGUCUAUUAGAAUAAAUAUCAAAGGAACAUUAAGCAAGCGUAAGAACACGUUAAUAUUCUUAAACAAUACGGCAACGGCAUGCAGGUCGAAUUUUUAUUGACACACAUUUUUCUGUUAAUUGGAAUAGCCACAUUAACGGUUUAUGGCAUGGACACAAAAUGUGAUGUCUGUGUGCUAAAUCCAGUUGACAGCUGCACAGAAAACGUAGAGAUAGCCUGUGAAAAAGGGUCUAACGCUAAAGUUAUGAAGGGGACCAUCUGUAUACACGAAGUAUGUGGCGUGUUCAGGCAUGCUUAUUGCACAAUAGGAGGUCGGUGGGUUGAUCAAGAUGGGAAAGAAGUGAGAAGAAAUGUUGACCAAGAAUGUAAUGAUGAGGAAUACAAGUUCGAUCCUAAAAAGAAAAAAGUUCGUGUAAAGAGGGGAUGGUUCCGUAGAAGACGUAGAAGACGAUCACCACCGCCUCCUCCACCCAACUGUGGACAACCUGGCACUAUAGCACACACUAGUUUACACGUGACCGGUACAUCACAAGGGGGUGUGGCCACAUACACAUGUCAGUCUGGUUACGGACAUACAGCGGGCUCCUUGAAGCGUACCUGUCAAUCAAAUGCGCAAUGGUCUGGCAGCCCACCAACAUGUUCAUAUAUGAAUUCUUGUAGCAGCAGUCCGUGCAAGAAUGGAGGCACGUGUAAAAACAUUCCUAACUCUUAUACAUGCAGUUGCCCGAGCAUUUGGAAAGGCUCGCGAUGUGAAACCGAUACCAACGAAUGUGCCUCAACAUCGCUGAACAAAUGUAAUCAAAAAUGUAACAACACCUAUGGUUCUUUCACGUGCUCAUGUAAUACCGGCUAUCGCCUGCUUCCUGACAAGCAUACAUGCACAGAUAUUGACGAGUGUGCUGAGAAAAGUUCCGGUUGUGAUCACGCAUGCGCAAAUACAGCUGGUUCCUUCACAUGUUCCUGUAGAGAGGGUUUUGAAUUAUCAUCAGAUGGAAAAUCUUGUCAAGACAUUGACGAAUGUGCACGAGGAACUUCCGGUUGUGAACAAAACUGUACCAAUACGGCUGGUUCUUUUACAUGCUCUUGUAAAACAGGAUACAAGCUCGCAAUCAACGGGACGUCUUGCGCAGACAUAGACGAGUGUACAGGCGGAACUGCACCAUGUGAUGUGUAUUGUACAAAUACUAAAGGAUCAUAUCACUGCUCAUGUGAGAAGGGGUAUUUGCUCAAUGCAGACGGCAAAACAUGUGAAGACCAGGACGAGUGUGCUACAGGAAAUGGGUCAUGUGAUCAAGUGUGUGCUAAUCAACCUGGUUCAUUUACUUGUGAAUGCCACACAGGGUAUAUUCUAUCAAAGGACGGACGCACAUGCGCAGACAUAGAUGAAUGUAUAAAAGAUGUGGAUGGAUGUUCUCAUAAUUGUACGAAUACAGAGGGGUCUUUCAAGUGUAGCUGCCUAAGUGGGUAUGAGUUACAGCCCGAUCAGAAAACUUGCACAGAUAUUGACGACUGUAAAGGGAUUAUAUGUCAACAUGGCGGCACAUGUCGGGACGGUUUGAAUUUCUUCUCUUGCACAUGUGCAGAAGGAUAUACAUCAAACCUUUGCGAAAAGGAUGUAAAUGAGUGUUCCAUUCAUAACGGGGGAUGUCAGGAUGCGUGUAUAAACACAGACGGCUCAUACCACUGUGGAUGUUAUGAUGGUCGGCAGCUGAAGCCUGAUGGCCGCUCGUGUUCCGAAGGUGAUCGUGACACAGUAUUUGAACGAUUUGAAAUUGCUGAUGGAAAAUUACCAAAGGCUUGUUUUGUGCUGCCAUUGGCACAUUGUACAGAUGGUAAGGGCCUUGGAACCAAGCUAACCUCUACAUCAGAAUGGUACAGGCUUAUAGCAGAUUCUGAAACGUCCUUUACCUUGGGAAUAGCCUUUAUCAAGGUCAAUGACUUGUCGUUACCUGUAUCAAUCCAAGGCCUUGAAGUUACAGUUUCCUCGGGCAAAUUUCAGCUCAGCUAUGGUACUAAAUACAACUCCAGUGAAGGAACCAUUAUUAAAAAUGACGAAACACCAGACAAUUGCAAAUCAUUUGAAUUAGUUGAGUCAGAUAUAUUUGAAUUUGUAUCGGCUGGUUCCUUUUUGAAAACGUAUUUGCUGAACUUGUUCCCGGCUUUACCAAACUGGAUCAAAUUUGAAAAGACGAGUGAGUCAGUUUUAGCCAUCCAAGAUCUGAAGAGUGAUUUAGUUUACGGAAGACACAUGGAACAAACCACCUGGUGUGAAGGGGCACCUGUUCUUGAAGAUCACCUUUAUAGCGUAUUCAGAUUGGGUUCAACAUUUUCUCUAGAAGUUAUGGGAGACAAAAUAAAAGUUCCAAAUCCUCUAGCGGGUCAUAAAUUUUGCUUCAUUAUUGACCUAUGCCACAGCAACGGUGGUAGUAUAUUUUUCAUGGUACCGGAAGAAUCGAGAGAUCUCCUGGAGGGCAUAACUGUGUUUAAACUGCUUAAACAGAAAAACAAAUUGACCAUCUUUCCAAGAGGCAUUGGUAUUUCUAUAGUGAAUGGGAUUAACGUUCACCACGAUACAACAGAGCUCCAGUUAUGGAAUGGAGACGCGAUGGUUCAGUAUCCAGUAUUUCCAAGGGGAGAUUUUUGGAUAGGAGCCGAUGUUGUUAAAAAUGAUACAAAACUGUUAGUGGAAGGGAGUGCAGAUAUAUUUAUCGACUUGCCAAACAUAGAAAUAAUGCUAACAUCCAUAUUUCUAGAUGAGUGGGGUGGAUACGUGCGCCUCACGUUGUCAGCAUCACCUACACUAAAAUUCAAACUUUUUGGGAAGCAGUAUGCAGUAACGUUCAAAAAUCUUGUUACAUCUGAAAUGAAUCUCUAUCUUUCCGUUGGCGGUCCUCAUCGUGUUUGGUGUGGGGAGAAGGCCAAUCCACCGGGCUUCUUCUUUUCUCUCCGGCUGGAAAUCAAUCCAUUUAAGGGUGUUCCAAUGCUGGCUGACUGGGGUAUCUCAAAUACUCACAAAGCAUUCGGAUUUGUUACCUACGAGCCUCCUCAAGCAGUUCUUGAUAUUAACAUUAAAGAAGAUAUACUAAACUUCAAAGAUAUAUUAGAUCGACUGAAAGUUCGUUUUAGAAUAGAACUUAAAAAGCUAGGCAUCAUUUUUAGAAAUACGACACUAAUCUUGGCUGAUGAUAUUGAAAUAAACAUUGAAACAAUGAAAAGUCUUGUAUCCGAUCUUUUCGAUAAUAUUCUGUCAGGUGACUGGAAAGAAAAGAAACGAAUCUUAGAGCAACUUUGGCAGGAAUUCCAAAAAAUAGAACACAAAGUUAAGUUAUUUUUCGAUGACACAGAAUUUAUAGCUCAAAACGCGUUUAAGAACCUUACGAAUAUCAUUAAGAAUGAAAUUGACGUUGUCAAAAUUAAUCUGAAGAAUGCUAUGGAAAAAGUUACCAACUCUUUGGUAAUAAGUUCUUCUGAGUCUGGAUACACUGGAUUUGGUUUGAAGUACACCACCAAUGUGAAAUUUUUUGGGUUGAAAUUAGGAGAGUUUGACUUAGAGAUUGUUGAGUCUGUCGAUCAUCUUUUUAAAUGCAGCCGAUUUGAGAAAAUCAAAAAACAUUUUGAAGGCGAGAAAGCUUUGAGAUUUAUCGGAAGAGCAUCCCGCUUAGUAGUAUUGAAUAUAUUUAUUAAAUUCCAGGCAGGAGGAGGCAUCGGUGGAGCACUUUCUUCUGAUAAAAACAAAUUUUCUCUUCAGCUUCAAGUAUACGCGCAAUUUCUUGGAAUGAAGGCGACGACAGAUCUUUUUAUAACCAAUAGUGGUUUAUACAUUUACACGGAAGGGAACAUAUGGGACAUAUUCUUGGCACAAUUAGAUGUUUCGGCAGAGAUGAAAUCAGAAUGGCAUCAUAUUGUUUAUAAAGUUCAAGGACGUUUUGUUGCAAAGAGCAGGAAAAGGAGACAAAUACAAACAAGAAGCAACUCAUUCGAAGACAGUUAUUUAGACGCACUAAAGAAAGUAGUAAAUACCAUUGCCGAUAUGGCUAAUAAACGAUUAAGCCAGGCUCAGAAGGGGCUCACAGCUGCCCAGGGAGGACUUUCAAAGGCACAGAAUUGGCUUAAAGAAAAGCAAACUGUUGUUAGAAGAGCUAAUGGAAAGUUUGACAGUGCUGUUGCUGCACUAGAAAGAGCAAAGGAUAAGUUAGAAGCCGCUAAGAAGCCGUUUGAAGAUGCUUUGAGAAAACUCAAGGCAGCUCAAAGAAAAGUAGAUAAUCUUUGUCGAAUCCGGUCAUGUAAGAAAUUAUGCAUUCCAGGAGUUAAAUGUAAGAUAUGUCGUAAAAAAGUGGGAUGGGUUAAAAUUCCAUACCCUUGCUGCAGAUUUACGAGUUGUAUGAUUAAAGUUCCAGAUCCUGUAUGCCUUGCUGCAAAUCUGGCUUGCAGAGUUGUACGGGGAGCAGCAUACUUAGCUCUGGAAGCAGCGAAAAUAUUUGUAAGAGCUCCAAUGCUUGCCUUUGAUGUUGCUAAAGGUGCGGUUUCUGUAGCCCAGAUUGUCGUUGAUAAAUCGCGUGUAGUUUUAGAUGUUGCAGUGGGUUUGCUCGACAUGGCCAAGAUAGGUUUAGAGUAUGCAAAAGGUGUCCUUGAAGCAGCUAAAGUUGUAUUAGAGGGAGUUAAAAUUGCUAUCGGAGUUGCUGCGAAAGUUCUUGAAUUGGUUAUAGAUAUCGGAUUAAAGAAUUUACUUGACGUGAGAAAUUGUGGUUUCAAUGUUGAAUUGUCAACACACGAUCUACCAGUAUUCGACAUUUUUUGUGAUGUUAACGCCUUUAGAUUAGGAUGGAAAACUAUAACUAUUAGAAUCAACUUCAAAAAUAUCGUGCAGAGUUUAUGGAACGCGGCACGAGCUACAAUCGACAUGCUGAGUAAAUUAAUUGGGGGCAUUGGAAGAAAACGUAGAGAACUGGAAUUCAGAGCAUCUGCAAAAAUGCACGCUUAUCUGCGGAAUAUAAGGGAGGCUGGAAUAGAAAACGGUACAUAUAAAUUUUCCAACAACAGUUACGACAGUAUAGAUAUUGUAGAUGAAAUUCUUGGAUUUGAAAACAACACUGACAACGAUUACGACAGCCGGAAAAUCAUUUUCAAGGAAAAAUGCAAAACGACCGCUUAUUUAAUGAAAUUUAUGCAAGAAGCGUUUGGAUCAUUAAAUGAAAUUGUGAAUGAAUCAAAACAUUACAUGGAUGAAAUGUCCUCUCUGAAUGAUCAGCUUCAGCAAUUCACUCUUGACGGCCUCGCUGAAAAUAUGACACUGGAUAAUGCAGGUAUAAGUAGAGCCUAUGCAGAACGUGAUUAUAACUUGACUGAAGAUGACUUGAAUAGAGCAUUGAACGAAUCACAAGCAGCUCUUAUGAAUGACCCACUUCUUAGUGAGAUUAAUUCUUCAACUACACUUGCAAUGGAAAGCUUAAACGCAGAAAAGGAGUCAAUAGAAUCGGUAAAUUUUCUUGAGAUUUGGUUGAAUGCCAUGUCAAAUACUUCAAGUGAAUACUUCAAUGCUACGGAAUGCAGCGGUUUCAAAGACUGUGUUCUGUAUGCGAUAUCGGAAUUAUAUGCUGCCUUCGAAGCGGAAGAUUUUCCGAAUAUAGAUAACGUUAGACAAUACAUCAUUAACCUCGAAGGUAUUUUGAUUGAAUUGUUCCAGAAUCAAUCGUCCUUGAUAGGAGACUCAGACGUUGCCAUGGACAACAUCAUGUCAAAUGUGACUUACUUAGAAGAAGUCAAUCCGUUCUGCUCGGAGGCACCUGUAUUUCAGACGGAGUUGAGAAACCAAACAGUACUAAAUGGAACGGAUAUGAUAUUUACUUGUAACGUGUCAGGUAGUCCAUAUCCAAAGAUUCAGUGGUUCACGAAUAACAAAAUUUUACUAAAUGAAACGUCAAUAGAACUGAUCAUUGCGAAUGUGACUGUGAAUGACAGCGGAGAAUAUACCUGCCUAGCUGGAAACGUGGUGGCGAACAUAACAUCAAGAGUGGCUUAUCUUGAAGUUGUUACCUACGAUGACGACGAAUGUCAGACAAAUCAAGGUGGAUGUGAACAAAUAUGUGAAAAUUUUAUUGGUUCCUAUGUAUGUCGAUGUUUCAAUGGUUACAAGCUAAAUGAUGAUGCGAAAUCAUGCUCCGAUGUAGACGAGUGUCUAACUGGAACAGCAAACUGCAAACAAGCAUGCGUGAACACUCUUGGUUCUUACUCCUGUGAAUGCAAGGACGGUUUUAUGCUGGACGGUAAGAAAUCAAGGAGUAAAGGAAAAGAUGCAAAAGGGAAAUUGUCAGGUAAUGAUACAGACAAUAUGCUAGAUCAGACAGUUAACUCUUUUGUACAGCCCGUGGGCUUUUGUGGUAAUACAAGUGCGUCCAAAGAAUAUAAAUAUUGUGAAAACGUGGAUGUUAUACAGGCCAUUUUGAAACUGGAAAAUAGUAUGGAAAGAAAAUUUGCUGACUUAGAAAAAACUUUUAAUUCAAAAAUAGAUAAGUUUGAGCAUCAUUUAACCAGGAAAUUUACAGAUAUGUUAAAUACAGCAGUGACAACACUGAAAGAGGAACUGGAUAAGAAGAUAGACGAUCUUUCAAAACGGGUGCAAAAAAUAUAGGAUCUUCCCCAUUCAUUAGAUACACGUACUGAUGUGAAGGAAUUAAACAUUGUAAUAAGAAAUUUAACUGAAAAAUCACGUAAAGACAUUGUUGGGACAAGUGAAUACCUUAAUCAAAUAUGGGCUUCAAAUCCGUGAUGUAGUCAUAAAAGAGGCAAUUAGAAAAACUUCACAUAAUAACAGAAAAGAAGGCUUGGUAAUAGCAUAGUGUAAAUCAGCUGAGGAUAAAAAGAAGAUUAUGGAAUAAUAAAAAGCGGUUAAAAGGGUGUAAGAGGUACAAAAUUUGUUUAUUUAAAAUGAUAUACCAAAGCAACAGCGUAUCAUGAACGCAAAUAGUACAAACGAAUGUGAAUACUCUUGGUAAAGGCGAGUUAUAGAUGCAAGGUGCACAAGUAGAGAAAUAGUUGCAUUGCUUAAAGAGUGUGAUUAUUUUUAAACUUUUCAAGUACAAACAUAAAAAUGUUUUAUGGUAUUUUAGGGCGUAAUAUUAAUCUAAGCGAAAAUGUAUCCAUAUUUUGAUAUUCAGUCUAUAAGUAAUUGCACAUAUAUAAAAAAAACCCAAAACGAAGAGAUUUAAUGAAAUUGGAUUUUAUUUUUAUAUAACAAAUCUUGCCUCUAGUCUGUUAAAUAUAAAAAAAAAACAUUAUUCACUGCGUCAGUGACACUGAUGAUAAUAUAUGUAAAAUAGAAGAGCAAAUAUUUGUGUUUAAUCACAUUUUCGUGAAUUACUACGUUGGUUUUAGAUUAAAAUUGUUUAUGUCUCUAAGGCUAGCAUAUAGAACUAACAGAAGAUAAUAGACAAGGGUAGAUUUCUCGAAAGCACAGAGCACCAAAGUCACAGUCAUAGAGCCACGCAUUUGCGCAACAAAAUGAAGCUGUAAUAGAAAAAUAUUUCAGACGGGUUGCUUCAAACAUCAACAAGUACAUAUUAAUUUAUGCUAACAGUCACACUACAACGUAAACCACCACAAUAGCGCAGACACUCGUGUACCAAAGAUAAACAUACAACCACGAAUAACUGAAUAACAUAGAAAAACGAACAAGCAACACAUAAGAAAACAGUAGGGCACCGUUAUAGACUCACAAGCAUACAAACGACACACACAAGUAGAAAAAACAAUCGUGUACCGGUUCAGGAUUCCGGCUGCCAGAACAAAGGGGAGCCACGAAAACUUGCUAAAAGUAAAAGGGGAGGGGAUGCAAAAUGUAGCAAGGGAAUGAAGGGGACAAUAGGAGGAGUGAGGAGGAGGAAAAAACGCUUACAACAAAGAAGAAAAUAUAUGCAACAGACAAUACAACACGGACAAAACAACCAGUUCAAAAUAGGGGCACCGCCUUGGACACGUCAGUAACCUAUAUAAAGGAAACUGGGGUUUAAACGCGUUUAGGGCAUGCCAACCUCGCACUUACCCUAUCUUCAACAUGUUAGACAACACAAUUUGAAUAAAAUCCCCACUGAGAAAGGCUCUAACAUUAGUGCAUAAAUAACAGAUAAAUAAAGGAAAACAUAAAAUUAAGGUAAAUCUAAAGUGUAAUUACACCAGAGUACUCAACAAUUUGUCUGAAGUCAGAGCAACAAGAGCCUAACUUUUAAGGCCACGACUAAAAAUCUGUGAGACAAAAAUCAACUCCCUCCGUCCGUUGUAUGUAGGAUUUAGGAGAAAAGCAUCUUCCGAUAUCGCCAAACAAAAGAUAUAAUCAGCUAGUCUGACUUUGCAGGUAUAUAUUUCAACAAAAACAACAAUUGCCACCGGAUUGUAAGAAAAUGAAUGUCAGAACUGCUAUUUCCUUUUCGGAAAGUUGUCAAAAAAGUUUCCCGUAUUUGUUCGUGCAAUAACUGUUUUGUCCCAGUAAUAAUUGCAACAAAAUAAAACAAAUUAGUCUGAAAGACAGCUAUAUCCUACGAAAGACCAGUAGUGACAUUUCAGUUUCAAGAAUUCACGAUUUCCGAGUAUGAAUUCGUGAAGCAGAAAUCAUGAAGUAUUUAAAUGAAUUGAUGAAGUUGUGAAAUAUUGAAUAGUUGAAACAUGAAGUAUUUACACGAAAUAAAGAAUUCUUGAAGUGGUAGUUGUAAAAUCAUAAAAUCGUCAAUAAUUGAAUUCAUGAAUUCACGAUUUCCAUAUGUCAUAUCAAAAAUUCAAGAAUUCAAUAAUUUGAAUUGUGACAUGAAAUCGUGAAUAAUUGAAUUCUUUAAAUAUUGAGUAAUUGAAGCAUGAAUUAUUUGAAUGAAAUCGGGAAAUAAAUCUUGACGUGGUAUUGUGAAAUCACGAAGUCGUGAAUAUUUGAAUUCUUGAAUUUUUUAAUUCGAGAUUUUUGCGUUAAAUUUGAAAAUCCUGAAUUAAUGAAUUAUUGAACUUCGAGAAUUCAUGAAUUCACGAAUUUAAGAAUUGCCGAUUUUUGCGUGAAAUUUGGAAAUCGUGAUUUACAUGUAUUUUUCUUCAAGAAUUGACGAUUUCAAGAAUUACAAAUUCCAGAAUAAACGAUUUUUAUUAAACUUUGCAUAAAAUUGGGAAUUUCUAAAUUCUUGAAUUAGUGAAUUUAUGAAUUCUUGGAGUUCAAAAAUUCACAAAUUCACGAUUUCCAAAUUUCAUAUAAAAUUCGUUUAUUGCGAGAUUUGUAAAUUCUUAAUAUCAUGAAUUCUUGAAGUUCAAUAAUUUACGAUUUUAAGAUUUCACAAUUUCUAAAUUUUACGCAAAAUGCGUGAAUUCUUGAAAUCGUGAAUUCAUGAAUUCUAGAAGUUCAAUAAUUCACAAAUUCACGAUUUCCAAAUUUCAUAUAAAAAACGUUUAUACUGGAAUUUGUGAAUUCUUUAAAUCGUGAAUUCUUGAAGUUCAAUAAUCACGAUUUCUCAGAUUCACGAUUUCGAAAUCUCGAGCAAAAAUAGGGAAUUCUUGAAUUUGUGAAUUCAUGAAUUCUUGAAGUUUAAUAAAUCAUAAAUUCACGAUUUCCAAAUUUCACGCAAAAAUUACUAAUUCUUGAAGUUCAAUAAUUCGCAAUUUUAAAAAUUCACGAUUUCCGAACUUCACGCAAAAAUUGUGAAUUCUUGAAAUCAUGAAUUCGUGAAUUCUUGAAGUUCAGUAAUUCACAAGGUCACUAAUUAGCAAUUUCAUUGUUUCCAAUGUUCACGCAAAUUCAUUGUUUUCAAAUUUCACGCAAAAUCGUGAAUUAUUAAAGUUCAAUAAUUCACAAAUUCAUGAUUUCCAAAUUUCUCGAUUUCAAUUAUUCAAGAAUUCAAUAAUUCAGUAUUUCACAUAUUCAAGAAUUCAAUUAUUCAUUAUUUCACCACUUCAUGAAUUCACGAUUUCCAUAUUUCAUGUCAAGAAUUCAAGAAUUCAAUUAUUCACGAUUUCAUGAUUUCAGAAAUACCACUUCAAGAAUUCUUGAUUUCAUUUAAAUACUUCAUGAUUUCUACUUCACGAAUUUUAAUCAGAAAUCAUGAAUUCUUGGAAGUGAAACGUCACCACCGGUCUUUUGUAAUAUCAACUACCACAACUAUGGAUAGUGAAAGGGUUGAAGGUAUUGGGUCUAAAAAUUGACAUUGUAAGUAAAUUUUAUAGUCCAUGUAUGAUAUAAAUAAAUUUGAAAAUCCUUCAAUGGAUUUAGGAGAUGCAGAGCGGAUAAAAAAAUGGAAGGCUCAAAUCUUUGACCUUGAGUGGUGACCUUGACCUUGACCGGACUUGGCUGACUAAUGAGUUAUGCACAUCAUCUUGAUGAGGUGAUUUUUUUAUCCAAAAAUUCAUGAAAAUCCUUUAGGGAGACAAUUCCUAUGGCCCCCACCACUCGGGGGAUUAAAAAGCAAAAGAAAGUUAAAACAUAUAGAAAGAGGUCAUUGGAUAAGCUAUACGAAUAAAAACUCAGUCACCGUGUAAAGAAUAUCCUAUUUCGGAAGUUAAAUGUCCUCCAUUUAUCAACCGCUCACUUAAGUACAGCUGCACACCCUACUAAAACAAAUAAACUUAGAAGAAAAUCACUAUUGCCAAAGUAUAUAUUUAUUAUAUAUCAUCCAUAUGUGAUAUAGGUUUCUGACAAUACCAUAAAUAAAACAUAAAAAGGGACGUAAUUUUGUCAGUCGGAAAUAUAAAAAAGGCUUAAUAGGUUUAGUUUCUUAGUUCCCUAACGUUCAAUAAAAAAAAUCCCAUUCAAUGAAAUCUGUUAUAAUAUCCUUUGGAAUUACAGAAUCAACUGUUGUCAAUAGUUUUGCAUUCAUGGAGAACGCUCAUUUAUAAGGGUACACAAAUAUCGAAUUUCAACGACAUACGGUCCAUAUAUGAAACCAAAUUUAAGUUUGACUUCGAUGUAUAAAAAGAUAAGAAGGCAAUUAAUGUUUACCCCGACUUUUCUACCUUAAAUUGAAACUGUAAUUUUUGUAAAUUUGAGACAAUAAUUGUUAUUACAUUGUUCGUUUUUUUCGUUAAAUAUGCAGUGUAGAUAUUAUGAUAACAUAGCAUGUUUUCCAUUUUGCUGACAUUUCAAAAUAAAAUCUACAACAUAUGUCGCUAAAUGUGAAUGCACUUUCGUGUUAUUGGUACUGUUUCGUUUCUCAACAUGACCAUUUCGGCCUGGGUGGUUCCAAUACUCCCGCUUUCAUAGCUUUGGGUAUUGUUCAAUCACCCCUUGGAUAUGGUGCCUGCUUUUUAAUUUUGUCUUUCGAUAGUUCCUGUGAUACGCAGGCUCCAUAACCUCAGAUCCCCUUCCUAAAUUCCAGUUUGUUUAGUUCUGCCCAUUGUUUUCUCGUGUGGGGCAAACCCUUUACUUUAUCUGGGGACCAAACGCCGCUCUUCAUGGAAUUACACGCCUCAACACGUGUAUCAUUGAAGGUUCCAUGUUCACCGCCGUUUGAAUGCAUCUCUAAAUUGCUUUUUGUACUUUUAGCAUGUGUAAAUGUUGAGUUCUGCUCAACCCGGGGCUAGAGGGCGUGGACGGUAGCAUGCAUUUCCACUACCGUCCAUGAACAGGCUCAAUCAAACCGAGCCUGCAACAUUUUCGUUUUUGUCGUGUUGAGCGACCUGUGAAGCUUCUACUUUUCUCUAUUUUAGACAGUUAAGAAAGCGAGGAGGCAUUAAAAGUUUCAUUAAAUGUACAUUAUCCUUUUCAUAUAACAAUGCAUACGACAUUAUACAAUAAUGAUCCACAAACUGUGAUUAGGACGUGGAUGCACAGCGCGCACGUGUGCGUGCGUGUGUGUGUGCUUAAAAUUAUUUAUAGUCGCCACCGGUAACCCAGGUAUAAAACACCCAUAUAAGAGACAAUUAUCCGAAUGUUUAAUACUUUUUGUUUUGGAGGAGUGGGUAAUUGAACUCACAAACCCUACUUUCGCAGUCAGUCGGUUUUAUCACCUGGCCGCUGUGUUCGCUCUAACGUAAAUACACAGAAUACUAGUACAUGUAUUUGUUAAACAUCUUAGUUUAUACAUAAUUUUUUUUAGGUCGAUUGCGAAGGAAGUUCUUCAACUUAUAUUAAUCACUCUCGACACCUCAUUCCUGAUGGAAUUCAUCACCACGAGGCUAUGAGAGAAGAGGCCAGUUUCCCUUUAUAAUGCUGAGCGCCAAGCAAGGGAGCUACUGGUACCAAUUUUCACGUCUAUGGUAUAACGCGGCCGGGGAUCGAACCCACGACCUCUCGCACUCGAAGCGGACGCUCUACCACUAGGCUACCGAGGCGGUUGUUAAACAUCUUCGAUUUCCUAUCUAUUAAACGUCCUACAAAUUUUGUAUUUAGCAAAACAAUCCUAUUUAAAUGGAAUAGACGCAAUCAAACCUGUGUAUACAGGUUGAUUAUGAAUAAUCAGAAUGUGGUCUAUAUUUGCAGGUAUCCUUCAUUUGCAAGUUAAAUGAACUGUAUAUUGUGCAUUUGUUUAAAAUGGAAGGAUAAGUAGUAACAUAUGUGCAUUUAUAUGCCCUUGAGUCACUAUGUCGAAAAUAACAGGAAAACGAAAACAUAUCAUGCACAGAUGUUCUCCUAUUGCCUUUAACGAAAUAUCAUUUUUUUUAGAAAUCCUACGACUAUAUAUAUACUUUGACCUUCAAAACUGACCUUUGGGCGAGUUUAUUAAGUAAGGUGGAUCUGGGAUUUGGAUCAUCUCGGCUGAUGAUUUACAUAAGAAAUAGGUAUGUAAUAUUAGAAAUUAACCGAGUUGCGAUCAAAGACUGCACAGUGUAUUGGUAAGUGUGAUUGCCGCUGAUACAUGGCUUGCACGCAACCCAUGGGUUCGAAACCAAGCAGAAUUUCCUUUUAUUGUAUUAUGAAUUAUAAUUCAAAAAGAACGUAUCAUAUUUUAUUGCCUGGACUUUACCGUUUUGAAUUAUUUUUUCUCCAUUUAUUUCCAUUCGUGUUCUUUUAUUUUUUUUUCUCUAAAAGUUUAUUUCAUAUCAGAAAAAAAAUAUAAUAAUGAGCCGUGCCAUGGGAAA